AUGAAGGCUUCAGGUCUGGGAGCAGUAUCAGCAGCCGUAAUGUCAUCGGCUGAUUCUUCAGUGCUUUCCGCUGCAUCGAUGUUCGCUCACAAUAUCUGGAAGCUUACCAUUAGACCAAAUGCAUCAGAGAAGGAAGUAAUCUUGAUAAUGAGAUUCUCUAUUGUUGCCGUUGGCGCAAUGGCUACCGUAAUGGCGCUGACAAUUCAAAGUAUCUAUGGAUUAUGGUAUCUGUGCGCCGAUCUCGUUUACGUUAUUCUAUUUCCACAACUUUUAUGCGUUGUUUACAGAAAAGAAAGCAAUACUUAUGGUUCACUUGCUGGAUACGCAGGUUUGUUUUCUAAUUUCUGUUAA